AUGUGUAACCUCAGACACUAGGUGUUGACCAGUGGUUUUCUUCUUGAUAUGCAACUUAGUUUAUCGUUGGUGCAAAGGGAUAUUAUUCAGCAACAAAGUGGUCCUAAACCAGUGACGGUAAUUCAUUUCAAGCUCUAGAUUAAUUCAGGAAAGAGCAGUUUCAGAGGCUGUUUUCACAUUUCUGAUCUAUUAUAAUAAGCCACCUAAAUAUUGCAUGCCAUCAAGUUUCAGUAGAUGGCUAACAACCAUUCAACUAACACAGCAGGUAGCUAUUUACCAAAGGAAAGCAAUUACAGGAGAAAAUGCACUUGAGUGCUCAGUUUGUCAAGUUAUUGAUGUGAAAUUAAUUUCGGUUUUGUACAAAAUAGCACACUUACCCUUGAGUACUAUACCGUUAACAUUCACACGUUUUACUGCAUGUGAGAUGACCAGCAGGGGGCACAAUGGUUUUACGUAAGCAGAGAAACUCGUGUUUCUACAGUUCUUAGCUCAGAGAUGGAGUUGCGUCGUUUCCAUUGGCGUUUCAUUCAAAUGACAAGCAACAGGGAGAAGAACGUACAAACUGCGGGAUGCACAGGAACGCAGCUAGAUAGCUGCGUGUGGAGCAUGGAGCUCAAAGGUGUGCACAGAGACGGCUCCCGUAGGCAGUGCGCAGGGGCUCCUCUCUGAGCGAUGGCCAGGCCGAACCCUUCCCCCAACUCGUACGGCUUCGACCUGGGGCCCCGGUUCCAGGAGCUGCGUCCGCUGGGCACAGGCGCAUCGGGCCUGGUGCUGGCGGCCGUGGACCGACGCAGCGGGCGGAGGGUGGCCGUGAAGAAGCUGGCACUGCGAGACGCGCUCAGCGCCAAGCACGCGUUGCGGGAGGUCAAGAUCACGCGGCGGCUUCGGCACGACAACGUGGUGCGCGUGUACGAAGCGCUGGGCCCGUGCGGCAGGCCCCUGCCCCGGGACCUCACCCGAGUCACCGUCAUCUACAUCGUGCAGGAGCUGAUGGAGACGGACCUGGGCCACAUGCUGGAAGGCGGAGCGCUGCCAGCCGAGCACGCGGCCCUGCUCUUCUACCAGCUCCUGCGCGGCCUCAAGUUCAUCCACUCGGCCAACGUGCUGCACCGCGACCUGAAGCCGGCGAACAUCUUCGUCAACCCCGAGCAGCUGCUGCUGAAGAUUGGCGACUUCGGCCUGGCGCGCAUCGUGGACCCGCAUUACUCGCACAAGGGCUACCUCUCGGAGGGCAUGGUGACCAAAUGGUAUCGUUCGCCUCGCCUGCUGCUCUCGCCGAACAACUACACGAAGGCCAUCGACAUGUGGGCGGCCGGCUGCAUCCUGGCGGAGAUGCUGAGCGGGCGCAUGCUCUUCGCAGGUGCCCAUGAGCUGGAGCAGAUGCAGCUAAUCCUGGACACGGUGCCCGUCCUGAGGGAGGAGGACCGGCAGGAGCUGCUCAAGGUCAUGCCGUCUUACGUCAGCCACGGACGGGAGGUCAGGAGGCCACUGCGGGAGCUGCUCCCUGAGGCGGAGGAGGAGGCCAUAGAGUUCCUGGAGCGAAUCCUGACCUUUAACCCCAUGGACCGGCUGACGGCAGAGGCGGCCCUGUGCCACUCGUUCCUCAGGCGCUACUCGUACCCGCAGGACGAGCCUGUGGCAGCGCAGCCCUUUCACAUCGAGGACGAGUUGGAAGACAGCCUGGUGAGCGAGUCCGGCCAUGCCCCCGGCCACCAAUGGCACAGCCUCUCCUCGGAGCCGUGCUGGCAGUGGCAGGAACACUGCGGCUGCCUGGGCAGCGAGUCCGAGCCGGGCGAGGCUGAGGAGGAAGAGGAGGAGGAGGAGGUGCAGCGGGACCCGCGCGCCAGUUCGGCCUCCCUCACCGAGGAGGCCCAGGUGGACCCCCGCAAGCACUCGCACAGCAGCUCGGCCGAGCGCUUCCUGGAGCAGUCGCAGCCGUCCACGGAGAGACCCGGCGGCCCCGGCGGCCAGCUGGACUGCGGCCGCUCCUGUGACUACAAGGUGGGCUCGCCCUCCUACCUGGACAGGAUCGCAUGGAGGGAAGGGAAGCCACAGCACUACGCCGAGCCCAAGCUGAUCCUGGACUUGUCGCGCUGGAAGCGCAGCGCCCUGCCAGGCCCGGAAGGCAGGGGCGGCGGGGAGCCUGCCGACCUGUUCCAGGAGAUCUCGCGCUGGGUGGAGAACACGCAGUCGGGCCUCCGCUCUCCUGGGUCCCCACAGGCGCCAGUCCCCUUCUCCUGCUCCCCCCCUCUGCCCCUGUCUCCCUGCCUGGCGCCCCAGCCUCUCCCCCAGGCACACUCCCCUUCGCUGCCCCGCACCCCCGACCACCUGCGUCAGCGUGGCAGCAGGAGUCCCAUCCCUUGCUUCUCAUCCCCUCCGUCCCUGUUGCCUUCCUCUCCGUCUUCUCCUACUCCGAGUCCGUCCACCCCUCUCCAAAGCGACCACGAGCGCUCGCCCCUGCCCCGCACCGGAGAAGAGCAUUCACACUUCGACCUGGACGUGUUCAUCUCACGAGCGCUGAGACUGUGUAGUCAAGGCGAGGACGCAGACGCUUCCAAACAGGUCGGCGCUACCCGUGCUUCCGGCUUCGCAGAUCACAAACCCUCCAGGACUCGGAGCUCCACAGCGGAGAUGGUCAAAGCUCAAGGCUGCCUAAAUGAACACUAAAGGAGGGGGACGGGGUAGAAUAGGGGCUCAGAAUAAGGGCCUUCAUUUAGCAGGCUUAAAAAAAAGCUUCUUUGGUUAUUAUUGCUGCUCUUGCAAGGUUGCAGACAUUCAUAACUGUGUGACUUACUCGAGAGAAAGGACAGGGUUUA